CGAUGUGAUGAUGUCAGCAUAGCGAACCGGAAGUGCUUUCGGUGAGUGCUGAUGUGUUAAAUCAGAGAGGAGGCUGUAGUUUCCAGCAUCACGGUAGCAUUUGUAUACAGGUUUUUUUUUGUUUUUUUUAAGUUGUCUUAAAUAAUAAUAGUAAAAAAAAAAAACGCGUUUGUACUACUUUCAAGACCACUUAAACAAGACAAGGGCUCCUUCCUCACCAUGGCGCCCAAAGGGAAGGUUGGCACAAAGGGUAAAAAGCAGAUCUAUGAAGAGAAUGCAUCGACUCUGAAGUUCUACAUGAGGGUUAUAUUGGGAGCUAAUGCAAUUUAUGGAGCAGUGAACCUAUUUCUUUUUUAUAGUUCAGCAACAUUUUGGACAUGGUGCUGGCUGGUGUUUGCGCUGGUGGUGUAUGGAGGCAGCUAUCGGUCCAUGACGGCGAUGGCGAAGCCUACAUUUGCAGAGGAUGGCAGCCUAUUGGACGGUGGGAUAGACCUGAACAUGGAGCAGGGGAUGGCAGAGCAUCUGAAGGAUGUGAUUUUACUAACAGCCAUUAUCCAAGUAUUGAGCUCCAUAUCGUCAUACUUUUGGUACCUUUGGCUUCUGGCCCCGGCCCGAGCUCUCUAUUUGCUCUGGGUGAAUUUCCUGGGCCCCUGGUUCAUGGCAGAGCCCCCGUCAGCCCCCGAGGAGGUGAACGAAAAGAAGCAGCGAAGGCAGGAGCGACGACAGAUGAAAAAAUUCUGAUUUUAUUUAUUAUUUUUUUUUAUGUUAUGUGAUUGUCUGUUUUUUUAAAUUAUUCAACAUGCAGCACAGUGGUACACCAACACACACUGGAUAGAAUAUAUUCCAUCUGAUGUAAUCUUCCCCUGAAUCCGCUUUUAAAAGCCAUUUGUC